AUGAAAGAAAAUGCACAUUACGCUUUGGCUAUCGGGCCUAGCCGCUGGUUCUUACGUGUUUUGGGAGCUUGGCCAGAUCCUGUACUGCCACGAGAUCUUUUCGCGAUCAUUUUGUUUACAACUGGUUCAUGUGUGAUGACCUUUUUUACAAUUAUACCUCAAAUUAUUAAGCUUUGCAUGGUCCUUGGCGAUUUGAACGAAGUGAUAGAAAUUUUAACAACUUCCCUUUUACCGACCAUUACGUCGCUGUCAAAAUAUGCAAUUUUUUUCUAUCAGCGAAAGGUUUUGAAAAAACUCAACAUCUCAAUCUUGGAGGACUGGAGUUGGAAUCAAGAGCGCAGCCCUAAAGAUCUGCGGGUGAUGCAACACAAUGCCACGCUAAGCCGUAAAUUUUCACUGGUCUGCUUGUCAUUGACCCUGGGCAUAGUCUACGCACAGUGCAUUAUGAAAGCCAUUCAUGGACUCAAGACCAGAGACGAGGAAGUUCGAGAUCUUUACAUGGUCUCGUAUUGGCCAUUCAAUAUUCAGCAGAGCCCUCACUUCGAGAUAGUUUGGCUGGGUCAAUGUAUCGCUAAUUUUUAUGGUGCGUCGACGCUGUCAUCGGUGGACGCCUUCUUUUCCGUGCUCGUGCUUCACUUGUGCGGACAGCUCACCUUGCUGCGCCAUCAAAUACUUCAACUUGUUAGCGACCAGGUUAACGAACCCGAUCAAAAAGCCUAUAUUAAAUGGCUGGCAUUGAUCGUCGAGCGGCAUGAUCAUCUCAAUGACUUUGCCAGUGCCAUAGAAGAUUCUUUUAACAUGAUGUUUCUAGCUCAAAUAAUUACUACUGCAGCUGCAUUAGUGGUGCAAGGAUAUCAACUUAUAAUGGUAACCACUAAUACCGAGGAUGGCAUCUCACUUUUAGGAAUCAUGUACCUGUUAUUAUUCGUCAGUAGCUUUUCUUUUAGUUUGUUUAUUUAUUGUUACGUUGCUGAAAAGUUACGUCAAGAAAGUACAGAUAUAGUUUAUGCCGUAUACGAUAGCUUUUGGUACAACAUGCAUAAUCCGAAAAACGUAAAACUACUGUUUUUACUAAUGUUUCGCGCUAGAAUUCCAUUAGAAAUAACAGCUGGAAAAUUUGUAGCCUUGAGCUUAGAAUUAUACUGCAGCAUUUUAAAAUCAACUGGAGGGUAUUUAUCAAUGUUAUUAGCUGUGCGAGAUCGAGGAUCUGAAAAUUAUUGUGAAGAAAAACUGUCAAAAAUGACAGGUCCAGAAGGGCUUAAUUUUUCGGUUGGACCAAGCAAGUUUUUUCUGUCUUUGCUUGGAAUUUGGCCUGAUAUUAAAGGAAAACAAAAUUGGAUGAAAAAUGUUCAUUUUUUAAUUCCAGCAUUUAUAAUGUUUUAUUUUUGUUUAUUUGUUCAAACAAUUAAAGCAAUACAAGUCAGAAGUAAUUUGAAUGCAGUUUUGACUAUUCUAACGACAUCAGAUAUAUCGGUUACAAUUGGUUUGGUAAAAUUAGUCAGCUUGUGGUAUCACAGGAAAGUACUUAGUAAUCUUAUCAACUUCAUGACUGAAGAUUGGAAAAAUUCGAUUGGGUCAGAGCUUGAAAUCAUGUGGAAAAAUGCUAAACUUGGGCGAUUGACAUCCAUUACUAUUAUAGCUUUAGCAGAGGGAACUAUCGUUUCAUACGCGGUGCAAUCUUGCUUACUUAUUAUGAGCAAUGUUAAACAACAAAAGUUAGAAUAUAAUGCAACAGUAUAUCGACCGCUUUACUUCGAUGGCAAUUUUUUAUACGAUGUUCAAAAGAGUCCGAUUUUUGAAAUAAUAUGGAUUUUCCAGUUUUUAUCAUCGUUUUUUGCUGCCUCUAGUUUUUCGGCGGUCGAUGGAUUUUUCAGUGUUUUGGUAUUACAUUUAUGCGGACAGUUGCACAAUCUAAAUGAAUACAUUCGAAUGUUUUUGAAAGAAACGAAGACAGAAACUGAUGAAUUUUUUAUGAAGCAGUUAGGGAAAAUCGUCAACAGACAUGAACAACUGAAAAUGUUUUCUGAUUCUAUUGAGAACUCGUUUAAUUUCAUGUUCUUACUCCAAUUAUUAACUACCUCGUUGGUAUUAUGUCUUCAAGGAUAUCAAUUUGUAUUGAUUACAACAACUCAAGACACUAUGUCUCUUUUUGAAUUACUUUUUUUGUUUUACUACAUUAUGUGUUUUAAUUUCAGUAUUUUUAUGUAUUGUUUUGUAGCUGAAAUAUUGCGAAAAGAGAGUAUGGAUAUAGGUAAUGCAGUUCUUGAAAGUGACUGGUACGAAUUAACUUAUCGAAAAGCGAAAAAUUUAAUUUUGAUUAUUGCAAGAGCUCAACUACCUUUUGAAAUUAGAGCGGGCAAAUUUAUUACAUUUUCUCUAGGUCUUUAUUGCAGUAUUUUAAAAAAUUCUGGAGGUUACCUUUCAGCACUAUUAGCAGUAAAGGAUAGAAUAGCCGGUUAA